CUCAGCAAACUCAUCAGACUACCAGGAAACAGAAGAAGGCGCACAGUCGGAGUUGCUCCUGCAGAACAGCUACAACGCACAAAGAGGACUUUUGAGACUAAAAGGGCAAGAAAUUUCACUUGAAUUUCAUCUCAAAGAACAAAUCAUCCGUUGACGAUGGUGUCUGCUGGGUUUCAAAUCCUGGGCACGGCCCUGGGGCUCAUAGGCUGGAUUGGCACCAUUGUUGUUUGUGCCCUUCCCAUGUGGAAGGUCACUGCUUUCAUCGGCAGCAACAUUGUGACCUCACAAACCAUCUGGGAGGGUAUUUGGAUGAACUGUGUAGUCCAGAGCACCGGUCAGAUGCAGUGUAAGGUCUACGACUCCAUGCUGGCCCUCAGCACUGACCUCCAGGCCGCCCGGGCCCUCAUCGUUGUUGCCAUAGUGGUGGGCAUCAUGGCCAUCCUGCUCGCCGUGGCUGGUGGCAACUGCACCAACUGUGUGGAGGACAAAACAACAAAGAUGAAGGUGGGUGUUGCGGCUGGGGUUAUGUUCAUCAUAGCCGGGGUCCUCUGCCUCGUACCCGUCUGCUGGACAGCUCAAACCAUCAUACGGGACUUUUAUAACCCCAUGUUGACCGACGCUCAGCGGAGAGAGCUGGGCGCUUCGCUUUACAUCGGUUGGGGCGCGGCUGCUUUGAUGCUGAUCGGAGGAGGAAUGCUCUGCUGCAACUGCCCACGUAAGGAUGAAAAUGGAUACGCCGCAAAGUACACAGCUGCCAGAUCCAACAUCUCAGCACCAUCCUCUGGAAAAGACUACGUCUGAAACAACGCGACACGUUAACUGGGACACAUGAACUGGUGCUACUUGGUCACGCUGGUGAAAACUUACCCCCGAUUUGAUUGAAGCAAGAGAAGAACUGCACCUCAAAGAGAAAUGUCAUUGUCGUUAAUUACAGUACUUCUAUUUGUAGUUGUUGGCUUUUGUAUGGAUAUUAGUGAACUUUCCUCAUAGCAUAUUAUCACUUUUAAAACUAUUCAAAUGCAUAAAUAUGUAUACUUACUUUCCAGUCAAGUGGAUUUUUUUUAAAAGAAUC